UCCGUGGAAAACCUUUUGCGCCUGCGUAUCCAGACGUGGCAACGGCAUCAUGGCCUCUUGGAAGCGCCACGGGAGUCGGAUGAGAGAGGCGAAAAUGUUCAUGCUGGUGCUGCUGGUGUGGCUGCUGCCGCUGCUGCAGGCGGUGAAGGUGUCUCCUCUCAUAGAGAAGGUCAGCGAUCACAAAGACUUCAAGAAGCUGCUCAGGACGAGAACCAAUGUUCUGGUGGUCUACACCAAGACAGCUACAUCAGGGGAGUCCCACCUCAAACUGCUAUCAGAUGUGGCCCAGACAGUGAAGGGCCAGGGGACCAUCGCCUGGGUCAACUGUGGGGACUCUGAGGGUCGUAAGCUCUGUAAGAAGGUGAAGGUGGACCCGAGCUCCAAAAGUGACGGAGCAGAGCUGCUGCAUUACAAAGAUGGGACGUUCCACACCGAGUACAACAGGCCGGCCACCAUGAAGUCCAUGGUAGCCUUCUUGAAAGACCCCUCAGGACCCCCGCUGUGGGAGGAGAACCCCGAGGCGAAAGACGUCGUCCACAUAGAGUCAGAAAAAGACUUCAGGAAGCUGCUGAAGAAAGAGGAGAGGCCGGUCCUCUUGAUGUUCUACGCUCCCUGGUGCGGCGUGUGUAAGAGAAUGCAGCCCAUCUUUCAGCAGGCGGCCACAGAGACCAAGGGAAGAUAUGUUCUGGCGGGGAUGAAUGUGCACCCGGCCGAGUUUGACGGCCUGAAGCAGGAGUACAGCGUCAAAGGCUACCCGACCUUCUGCUACUUUGAGAAGGGGAAGUUCCUGCACCACUAUGAGAACUACGGAGCCACAGCCAAGGACAUCGCAGACUGGAUGAAGAACCCUCAGCCCCCCCAGCCGAAGACCCCCGAGGUGCCGUGGUCGGAAUCGGACUCCUCGGUCUUCCACCUGACCGAUGAGUCUUUUGACAGCUUCCUGGAGGAACAUCCUGCCGCCCUGGUCAUGUUCUACGCCCCCUGGUGUGGACACUGCAAGAAGAUGAAGCCAGAGUAUGAUGAAGCUGCCGAGAUACUCAACAAGGGCGCAGACAGUCCGGGUGUGCUGGCAGCGGUGGACGCCACGGUGCACAAGGCUGUGGGGGAUCGCUUCAAGAUCUCCGGCUUCCCAACUGUCAAGUAUUUUGAGAGAGGUGAAGACAAGUACACGCUGCCGCACCUCCGGAGCAAAGACAAGAUCAUCGAGUUCCUGCACAAUCCUCAGGCUCCGCCUCCACCAGAGCAGUCCUGGGAGGACAAGCCCUCCAGCGUCAGCCAUCUUGGAUCGGAGGAUUUCCGCGAGGCGCUGAAGAAGAAGAAGCACGCUCUGGUCAUGUUCUACGCUCCCUGGUGUCCUCACUGUAAGAACGCUGUUCCUCACUUCACCACGGCAGCAGAGCUCUUCAAAGAGGACCGCAAGAUCGUGUACGCCGCUGUGGACUGUACCAAAGGACAGAACCACGAGCUGUGUAAGCAGGAAGGCGUGGAGGGCUACCCGACGUUUAACCAUUACAACUACGGCAAGUUUGUGGAAAAAUACAACGGAGACCGUGGGGAGGCGGGCUUCACAGGCUUCAUGCGCAGUCUGAGAGGACGUGACCAGGAGAAGGUUGUCAAGAAGAAGGAGGAGCUCUGAGGGCGGCGUGCAGGGACGGGGAGUUGCACUGCACACUUUGUCAUUGCACUGUGACCCUUGACCCUGGCAAGGGCCCUAUCAGCACUGACGUGGGAGACUUGAUGACCUCAGCGAAAGGCUAUUUUUUAUACCGUGGUGAUCACGUUUGUAAUAAUACCAACAGAGUACCUGCAGUGAGACCGACCACUUGAGACUUCUUUUUUCAUGGAGAUUCUGACGGGCAGAAAAUACACUGACAAAUAAGUGAUUCUUUUUUUUUCCUUUUUAUUUUUGCCCAAACAAUGUGACUACACACGUGAGAAGCUACACCCUAUACUUUAUCUAUGCAAUACUGACCCCUGCUUCGCCCUGUGGGGGUCUGUGUGACGGAGGGACACCCAUGGUGGUGGGUGGUGGAGGUGGAGGUGGAGGUGGUGGGCAUCAAUAGUUAAAGGUGGAGGCUGCGCUGUCCGUCACUCCACAGGGGUCCUAAUCCUGUCCCAUCAGCCCUGCUCGGUCUCCAGCGGGAGACACGCUCUCUGUAACGACACACACCUGUCCGUUCAACAUCUUUACCUUCAUGUCUCCAGUCCAGAACCAUCCAGAAUAUUGUUCUCCUCACAGUCAGCUGGGGCACGACUGCAUCUAACACACACAUGCCCACAGUUGGUUCAGUCGCAUGUGAAGUGCUCACGCCGCGUUCACGUGGAGUCGGGGAGAGGGUUGACAGUAAAGCAGACGCCUUUUUACUAGACAGGAGCAGGAUGGUGGUGAUGCACGGGUUGACCUGCAGCUUGGGUAAACUUGAUCACGGGUCAUUAAGUGACACAUGAACGUUCUGAGUAAGUUAUUAAUAACUUACAAAAACAUCAGUCACAGUGAGACACACAGAGAGCAGCUUCAUCAUCAGUGCUCCAUCUGUGUGUCUGUUAUCUGCUUUUUCCUUUUUUUUUGUGCACAGCCAAACUUAUUGAAGUCAGACAUUGUUUUCUUCAGUCAUAAUAAUUCCUGUGGGCCUAACACUGUGUCCUAAGCUAGGAAACGCCCCUCAGUCCACUCUGAAUCCAUUAAACAUGCACUGUUGUUAAGUCGUGUAAACAAACCACCGAACAUAUCAGCUGUGCGCUCGUGAACAAACCAUGUAGCAUAUCACCUGUGUGCUCAAGAUCAUUCUUAAGCCGUAACCACUGCACUGACAGGUGAGUUCACACCUGUUUUAUACCGUGAUAUGUACAGGAAAUGACAUGAAACAGCACGCAGGUUGUUUUUAGUGACAGUCAGCUCUGCGUCACAGGUUGUGUUUUGCUCAUCGACUAUCCCGUGUGUUUGAAGGUCAGGCGAGGCAGACUGGCUGGUUAGCCAUGUUGGUGUGGGUUUAAAAGCCAUGACCUGGGCAUCACGACAGGACGGCAACAUCAGGUGAGACCAGCAGAGAAUACUUACAAUUCAGCAUCACCAUGGCAACAUAUCGUCAUGCUCGUUUAGUUUACUGUUCUGCCGUUCAGUCAGACUCCUUGUUAGUUUUCUUAUCGCUGUCCACAAGCUGUUGUCCGUCCUUCCGUCGACCGUCUGUCUGACUCCAUGUGAACGCAGUGUAAUGAGAUGCUGUAGCAAUAUGAAGAAGGUGUAAUCAUGACCGAAGGGUCAAUAUUCUGAAUGGUUCCACGCUCUCGUGAUCACUUUUGCUUUUAGAAAGGACUUUUGUUUGCUUCAAACUGUGGCCUUAAAGAUCUGAAAAUAAAAACCAUGCUGGAAUAGCAGAAAUAUAAAGUAAGUGGAGGGGGAGUCGGAGGCCUGGUGCCUGUGCAGGUCCCUCGAGUCAAAGAAGAAAAAACCAAGACCAUGAGAUGCCAAAUAUUUUUGUGCAUUGCCCUUGAUAUUUCCAAAUAUUAACCCCACUCAGAGCUGUAGUGAUUCAGCAAGGGUGAGGCUCGGUCACCUGCAGUGAGCAUGGGAGACGAUGGAGGCUGAACUCUGCAUGAUGAUCACGUGUAAAUGUCCAAACCUUCCCCUGGACUCCACCCUCUACGUUCACUCAUCGUUCAGAGAGACGCUGGGAUCGUGUCAGACCACUGGUUUACACUUUGGGCAUCCAGGGUUUGUGUUGAAGCGUACCCUCAUGCAUUUCCUCCGCUUUCUGCUGAAGCGAACGACGCCAAGGAGCCAAAACGACAGCACUCUUCUUGACAGCCUGUCUGGACGUGUGUCUGCCUGCCAUGCCUUGGCCGGGAAGCGCUGGGCUCCAGUCAGCUCGGACAGUGCUCUCCCUCUCUCCCUCCCUCCCUCCUUCCCUCCCAUGCCUUCCAUCAGAUUCCAGAGGAUGAAUUCAUAGAGCGUCCACGGAGUCAUUAAGUGAAGUCUCCAGAGCCCCUCCCACUCCUGGCAGCAUAACGCCAUCAUCAUUACUGUGUGGCGAUUUCUUUUUUUCUUUCAUGUUGUGUGUUUCAGCUCCCACGCUUCGGCCACUAUAAAUAUUUAAAGGCUUAUCUGUAGCUGAACUUGUGUUUUAUUAUUCAAGACUUUGGUUUCUUUCAUUCUGAAUAAGGUUCUCAGGGAUAGCGAAACACAAUUAAAGGGAACUAUUUUGUUUGUAAUUUUGCAUUCCAGCUGAAUCGUUUUGAGCCCGUAGGUCACCAAAUUAAAUAUUGUUUACAUUUGUAUCCCGAGUUUAAAAAGACGACGUGUCCUUUUCCUGUGCUCGACCACGACAACAUGUAUUGAAUAAGACGUUCUGUCAGUAGAUGUUACUGAAGCAUUUCCUGUCAACAUUAUCAUUGUGAUUUUAAUGGACUCAUUCCAGAUGUUUGGGAUGUUCUGGCUGGCACCAACACUUCCUGUGUGUUCAGUGUGACUUUGACCAUUCCACAGUGUGCGAGGGCAUCUUGACAGAGCGCUUCACACACUUAGGUGUCGACAUAUCGCUGUAAUUAGAUGUCCAUCCUCCUCUCCAGGGAAACAAAUUACCUUUUGUUCUCUGUGUCCAUUUGUUUUUGUUUACGAGUCUCCGCAGUGACAUCGUCAUCAUCAUCCUCAUUUGUUGACUAAUAGAACGACCACCUCUCUCUUAUCCCAAAGGUUUCCAUGUGGUGUGAGGAUCUGUCACACUGAUGCCAAGAAGUCAUUGUUUCCUCUGUUGAUUUUUCUGUGCCCAGCCAUACGUGCAGUUUUUCCCCGCAGUAAGGACCUUGCGAGAAAAAAAUCUUAAUAAAGUCAAAAGUUUCCACAA